AUGUCCAUCUCCGACAAAUCAGCAAGUCAGCCGCAAGGGGAGGGGCCAAGAGCCGGUGCUGGCUCUCCAGGUCCUGCACAAGGUCUCAUCGUCGUCCCGGAUUCGGCUCUGUUUCGAACGCCCAUCGUUCGACCAAUCCGGGUCCCCAUUAUCCUCCAGGUCAUCUCAACACCCGUUGCCUCGGGAGCUUCCAAUGAGAAGAGGUCUAUGCUGGAUAUCGGUGAUAACAAGACCCCUUUCACAUCCGAGAAGGCUGUCGUCACCCACGAAAAGGAUAUUAGUGGCAAUACAUCUCUGGCCGCCGGCGCCGCCGCUGAAGCCUUGGACUUUGAUGGCCCUGCCUCGUCCUCCAACAGGACUGGGUCCACUGCCUUCGACCCUUCCGACCCCUUGAACUAUGCCCGUAUGCGGAAAGACAAUGUCUCCCGAGCCCAGAUGAAAAAGGAGCACCCAACAGGAAACAAGAGAAAGCUCAAGAAGUACUACACACGGCAAAAUGAGCUCAUAGACCAAUUCCUCGGCGCUGGUGAUGAGGAACGGGCUGGCAUCGCCGAAGAGGUGAAAAUGGGGCCCAGGAUCCGGUUCGCCGUCAACGCCUCCUUUGCUGUCAACUUUUGCCUCUUCGUCAUCCAGCUGUAUGCAGCUGUAUCCACAGGGUCACUAUCGCUGUUUGCUACCGCGGCUGAUGCCUUUAUGGACCUGGUGUCUUCGUUUGUAAUGUUCACCACGUCAAGGAUGGCCGCCCGUCCCAGUAUAUACAAGUACCCUGUGGGACGAACUAGGAUCGAAACGAUAGGCAUUAUCUUGUUCUGCGCCUUGAUGACUACCGUGGCCAUUCAGUUACUGGUAGAGUCAGGAAGGUCACUCGGUGAAGGAGCACAACAUUCCGAACCACUGAAAAUUGUUCCUUUGGUCUGUGUCGCUUGCGCAAUUGGCGCUAAGUCAACCUUGAUGGUGUAUUGCUUCUUCCUCCGGAAAUACCCAUCUGUCCACGUCUUUUUCAUCGACCACCGAAACGAUAUUGUCGUCAACAUUUUCGGACUUGUCAUGUCAAUCGUCGGUGACCGGUUUGUGUGGUACCUCGACCCCGUGGGUGCCAUCUGCAUUGCGCUGUUGAUCCUGUUCUCGUGGGUGUCCAACGCCUUUGAACAGGUGUGGCUGCUCGUUGGAAAGGGAGCGCCCAAGGAGUUCAUCUCCAAGCUCGUGUACAUGACUAUCACCCAUGACGAAAGGAUUCUGAAGGUUGACACUUGCCGCGCCUACCAUGCUGGCCAGAAAUAUUACGUCGAGGUCGACGUCGUCAUGGACGAGAGCACGCCGCUCAAAAUCUCGCACGAUGUCAAUCAGGAGCUCCAGCGCAAGCUGGAAGGCCUGCAAGACGUCGAGCGGGCCUUUGUUCAUGUCGACUACGAGCACGAGCACGCCAUCGACCAAGAGCACAAGCCGCUCUACGAGGCGAGGAAGCCGCGGCGCACCCUGAAGGAGGUGCUUCUCUCCUUCAGGAGCCAGACGAAAAAAGGCGAUGACGAGACGGCCAGCGGCGGUGUAUUGAGCGGUAGGACGAGCGGGAACUCCUGA